CUUUUUGUAAACAGUUGCAAUGUGACUUGCAGUAAAAGUUCAGACGGGAAUGCAACCCCUUUCCAACUGAGAAAUAAAUGUAAAUGAACGGUGUCAUGGAGCUCACGUGUGUUAUUCUGAUCUUGGCCCAGUUCGUGUGGCCUUUGUGGACUCAAGUCAUCCACCUCACGGACAUGUAUGGGACAAUCCAGUCCCCGAACUUCCCCGAAUCAUACCCGAAGGAGACCGAAAUACAGUGGAAUAUAACAGUACCGGGCGGAUAUCAAAUCCGACUUUAUUUUAUGCAUUUCGACAUCGAGCCGUCAUACUUGUGUGAGUACGACUACUUAAAGGUAUACUCAGACACUGAGGAGUUGGCCGUGUUCUGUGGAAGAGAAAAUACAGACACAGAGCAUGUCCCUGCUGAUGAUGUCAUUGUGUCCCCUGGGAGCACGCUCAGUGUGGCAUUCCGUUCAGACUUCUCAAAUGAGGAACGUUACUCUGGCUUUGAGGCCCACUUUAGCGCAGUUGACAUAGAUGAAUGCCGGGUCAGAAAUUAUGAAGAUCUUGUGUGUGAUCAUUUUUGUCAUAACUACAUUGGUGGUUUCUACUGCUUCUGUCGUUAUGGGUUCCUGCUUCAUUCCGACAACAGAACCUGCAAAGUGGAAUGUAAUGAAAGUGUGUAUUUGGAGCGGUCUGGAGAGAUCACCAGUGCAGAUUUCCCUAAACCGUACCCCAAAAGCUUGGACUGCAUGAACCGAAUUGAGCUGGAGGAGGGAUUUCAAAUCACUCUGGAGUUUGAUGACACCUUUGACAUAGAAGACCAUCCUGAUGUCACCUGCCCUUAUGAUUUUGUUAAAAUUCUGGCCGGUGACAAAGAGUUUGGUCCGUUUUGUGGAGAUCAGUCACCAGGGAAGAUUCAAACAGGAAGUAACAUGGUCAGCAUCCUGUUUCACAGUGACAACUCUGGAGAGAAUCUAGGCUGGAAACUCACCUACACCUCCACAGGUUCUGAAUGUUCUCCUCCCACGACGCCCCUUAAUGGACAGUUAGAGCCUCUGCAAUCUAACUACAUUUUCAAAGAUCAUGUUACGGUGACCUGUGACUCUGGAUAUUCAUUGAAAAAGGAUGAUAAAGAAUUUGAGCAUUAUCAGAUUGAGUGUCAGAACGAUGGAAAAUGGAGCAGCGAUAUCCCACUAUGUAAAAUGGUUGACUGUGGUCCAGUAGAUUUAGUUCUGGGUGAGGUGGUUUUUCAGAGCUUUGGGAACAGUACUCUGUUUGGAUCCAGAAUCCAGUACAGCUGUAAAGUCACUCCCACACUCAACAACACAUAUACCUGUCAUCAGAGUGGGCAAUGGGUAAGUGAGGACAGGACACGGCUACCCAUCUGUCUACCAGUAGCAGAUUAUGAAAAAUACUUGAGAACAAAUCCUGACCCCCAGCUUCUGACUCAACUAAGUAGCACUCCUCUUGCAUGUGGUGAACAGUCCCAGCUCUUCCCUGCCCAACAGAAGCGAAUCGUUGGUGGGAAAACAGCAUCUCCUGGUCUGUUCCCCUGGCAGGCCCUUCUCUCCGUAGAGGAUGCAUCUCGUGUCCCUGAGGACCGCUGGUUUGGCAGCGGAGCUCUGCUCUCCCCAUCUUGGGUUCUCACGGCAGCUCACGUGCUCCGCUCUCAUCGCCAUAAUCUUUCCGUCAUCCCUGUCGCUCCAGAACACAUCCGAGUCCACUUGGGCCUCACGGACGUACGGGAUAAGCACACAGCCACCAACCGUUCUGUAGAGAGAGUCAUCCUCCAUCCACAAUUUGACCCGCAAAACUACAACAACGACAUUGCACUGGUUAAACUCAGCCAGGAGGUGGCACUCUCUGAGUUAGUGCGCCCUGUCUGUCUACCAAAGCCUGGCAUAGGGGGUCAAGACGUAAUGCCUUACACCCUUGGCGUGGUGGCCGGUUGGGGCAUCAACACAGCAAACGCUUCUGCCUCCACAAGCGGUUUGACGUCUGAUUCUGGUGCUGUCUCCGAACUCCUCCAGUAUGUGAAGUUGCCGGUUGUGCCACAAGAUGAAUGCGAAGCUAGCUAUGCUUCACGUUCAGUCAAUUACAAUAUCACCAGCAAUAUGUUCUGCGCUGGCUUUUACGAGGGUGGGCGGGACACCUGUUUGGGUGAUAGUGGGGGAGCUUUUGUCAUCCAGGAUGUCCACAGUGGCAGGUGGGUGGCACAAGGACUGGUGUCCUGGGGCGGGCCAGAGGAAUGUGGCAGUCAGAGAGUGUAUGGAGUGUACACCCGGGUGGCGAAUUAUGUGCACUGGCUACACACGCAUAUGGACAUAGACCACUAGCAAUGAGGGAAAAUGGCAUUGAAGGAGCUGGAUUUCUCUCAUUUUUUUCUAACUUUAUCUGCUCACUCUCUCACUUUUUUUUUUUUUUAUGUCAAUUUUAAAUUUCUCCCCACAAUGUCUUUGUAAUAUCCCUUAAAAGCCUUCUUCUCCUCAACUUAAUGGAGGUUUACCUGAAGUUCUACAUUCUAUGUUCUGUUCUAUAUUUUAUUUGGCUGUUUUUAAUUAAAGUCUAAAGUUUUACGCUUGAUUUAGAAGAAGCAAAAUAAUUACAAAGUCUAAUUCCCUGAUUGUACAAAUGGUAUGAAUUUGUGCAGGACAUUUGAAUCCACCAGUAAUAUUGCCAUAUUGCAUUCAGCAAUGCAAGAAGGGCUGCACUAGACUUAAGCUCUGUGCUAACCACUGAAUGUCACAUUCCUGCUAAAAUUCAGCUGUAAAAUCCAAGUAGUUAUCAUACCAAAAGGUUUCCAGAUAGCACAAGUACAUCUCUGAGAUGUCUGUUCAAGAGAGUUUCAUCUAAAAACCAACGCAUUCCAAUUAACAUCUGAUUAACCUCUUAAAAAGAGCAGAUUUAUGUACAUUCUAAAUCAAAGAUGUCUCAAAGACAUCAGCUUAAUGUCUUUUUUGACAUUCGAGAGGAAACUUCUUAUUGACGUGAUGUAUUGCAGAAUAUGUUUUCCAGAUGAAAACAUGCACAUCACAUAGACGAUUGGGUGAUGAACAUGCUCUAUCAGUAUUUUGGUGUCUUAGCUUGCAUGUUCUCCUUUUAUAAUUGUAAUCUGCUGUUAUCUAAAACUCAUAAUGUCCUCAAAGUGGAUUAUCCCCCAGUACUCAUUAAGCCUAUAUCAGUAUUAGCAUGUAUUAUAUAUUCUAAUUCUCUUCAAUAUAUAUUAUAAAUAAUUUAUACCAGAUGGGUUGUUUUCCAUUAUUCACCAACAAAAUGUCUAAGCACACUUUUGAAUGCUUGCUUUUUUUUUUAAACUCUAUAAUCCCUUUUCUCUCUAAACUUCUGAAUUAGGGAGGUUAAACUCCUAUUUAAAGCACCAUUUAAGACCUAAUAAGAUUUUUUAUAUUUGCAUGAAUAUUAAUGUAAUUUUAAUAAAAUAAGUAUUUUUAAGAACCCGAUGCUUUCUUUACUUGCCAUAGUUUCCUUAUGGUGUGUGUGUGUGUGUGUGUGUGUGUGUGUGUGUGUGUGUGUGUGUGUGUGUGUUAUUGUAACUAUUUAGAACGACCAACAGAUACAGAAAAGGAAGUCCUGCCAUUCAGGUAAAAGAACCAAUCACCAAGAGGAGGCCACCGCCACUUUUGUACAUAUAAAGUGAUGAUACCAAGUUUGUGGGACCUCUACAAGUCCAUAAACCAAUGUCUUGAUUAUAUCAGACAAGCUGGUUAAUCCGAAUGUCUGCUAGCUGCCUUGAGACGUCAAACACAGGUUACAUAAACUACAACACAUAGAGACUGUAUAACCUAGAUAUCAUACAGAGACUGUGUCUGUUCCCUGAACUACCAAACACAAACCCCUCACUAAAUCAUUUAGAAAAAAUGUGAUUAAGGUUCUACACCAGCACUGUAGGGAGCAUCCUGACUGGCUGCAUCACCACCUGGUAUGGCAACAGCACUGCCCUCAACCGCAAAGCCCUGCAAAGGGUGGUGCGAACUGCCAGACACAUCAUUGGAGGUGAGCUUCCCUCCCUGCAGAACAUAUAUACCAGGCAGUGUGUGAAAAAAGCUCAGAGGAUCAUCAGAGACUCCAGCCACCCGAGCCAUGGGCUGCUCUCCCUGCUACCAUCAGGCAAGCGGUAUCGCAGCAUCAGGACCCGCAUCAGCCGACUUCAUGACAGAUUCUUCCCCCAAGCAAUCAGACUUCUGAACUCUUGAUCUCUCACGAUCAAUAUACAUCAGCACUGCACUUUAUUAAUCUUAUUAAUCUCACACAGGACUGUCAUAAAUUAUAUACUCUCUUAACAACACACUGGCAACUGACUAUCAACCGACAGCCUGAAUGUCAAUACAGUACAAUACAACCUACUGUAUAUUUUAUAUAUACAAUUUUUAUUGUAUACUGUGUAUUCUAUAUUGUGUGUACGUGUAUUCUAUAUUGUGUGUAUUGUAUACUGUACAUUGAAUAUUAUUAUUUGUAUAUUGUGUUGUGUGUUUAUAUUAGAUAUGUAAAUUGUGUUGUGUAAAUCUGAUGUUUAUUGUAAAUUGGUAUAUGUCUCAUCACUGUCAUGACUGCUAUGUUGCUCGGAAGUGCACCCAAG